AUGGCGAGGACGAGUAGCGAAGAUGAUGACGCCGGAGUCAACGUCGUCGACGACCAUAAUAAGGUUCUUUUGCGUUUUUGCGGGUCGAAGACGACGCCGCCGCCGAGCAUAGGACGACGACGACGACGCGACGACGACUCGCGGAUCCAGAAUUCCGCCGCCGGAGACGACUACGAAGACGACGACGAUGACGGUAGAUGCACGUCUUCAGCACGACAAUGCAUGCCUGAGGCGUGUGUGGAAACGAGGAAAGCUAGUGCGACGUGGGUGGAGCUUCUUCUUCUUCUUCUUCUAACUCUGCUGGAGGCGGAGCUUUGCUCAGCUGUGCUCUUGUGGACCCGUUCCUAA